UGUUAUCAAAGUCGUCAUCACGAAACAGAUGGCCAUAACCAUAACCCAAAAUCACUGGUGGAGCAUUCAUGAUCAUGUCCCCUGCUGCAUACCUGCUCUCCAUCUCAUUCCCAUCAGAUUCAUCUUUCUUCUCCCUUUAAGGUUUGAAUUUUCUGAUGGUGUUUGCGUACUGCAAAAGUUGCCUUUCCUCCCUCUUACUUGGGCAGUUGGAGCUGGACCUGAGAAAGAUGUUGAAGUAGAAAACUCUUUCUUAAUCUCUAGCUAGCCGUUCCAUUCGACUAUCGAGGAGCGCCCUCACAAAGUCACCUUCUUCAUCAAAGAUGUGCAGUUCCAGCUUUCGUCGUAAGGCUGGCGAGGCAUCCUUUCCGAAAGUCUCCACAUAUGCAGCCUUUCUGACUAUGUUGGUGCUAUAUUCCCCCCUGCUCAUGCCUGUCGGAGCCCAGAAUAAUUCUGUUACGGAUCCUCUGGAAGUGAAGGCUCUGCGGGACAUAAGGAGACGUUUGAAGGAUCCCAAUGGCAAUCUUACCAACUGGAACAGUGGAGAUCCAUGCACAUCUACGUGGACUGGGGUUAUUUGCUUCAAUCGGACCUUGGACGACGGUUAUCUACACGUUCAAGAAUUGCAGUUGCUCAACAUGAAUCUCUCUGGAACGUUGUCGCCGGAGCUUGGUCUCUUAUCUCACAUGAUAAUACUGGAUUUUAUGUGGAACAACAUAAGUGGCAGUAUACCUAAGGAGAUUGGCAAUAUCACUUCUCUCGAACUCCUGCUUCUGAAUGGAAACCAGUUAACUGGUUCGCUGCCUGAAGAGCUCGGGUAUUUUCCCAAGUUGGAUAGGAUACAGAUUGACCAGAACCAAAUCUCGGGACCACUGCCUAAAUCCUUUGCAAACUUGAAUAAAACCAAGCACUUUCACAUGAACAACAAUUCCAUCAGUGGCCAAAUCCCGCCUGAGCUGUCGAGAUUACCAAGUCUUGUUCACUUCUUACUCGACAACAACAACCUAUCUGGGUACCUUCCGCCGGAGUUCUCUGAGCUACCAAAAUUACUUAUACUUCAGGUUGAUAACAACAACUUUGAGGGGACUACCAUUCCUCCUUCUUACAGCAACAUGUCCAAACUGUUGAAGAUGAGCCUGAGAAAUUGCAGCUUGGAGGGACCAAUUCCUGAUCUGAGUAGGAUACCUCAGCUUGGUUACCUAGACCUUAGUUCGAAUCGGCUGAAUGGAUCCAUACCACAAUCUGAGCUUUCAGAGAAUAUCACAACAAUAGACUUGUCCGACAAUAAUCUAUCUGGAAACAUCUCUGACAUCUUCUCAGGGCUUCCUAACCUCCAGAGACUGUCACUUGCAAACAAUUCGUUGGACGGUUCUGUUCCGUCCAGCAUUUGGGAAAACAAGACUUUAAAUGCAACCGAAAGAAAAACCUUGGACUUCCGGAACAACAAAUUUUCAAAUAUUUCUGGAAGCACUGUUCUUCCUCCAAACGUCUCCGUCUGGCUUCAGGGGAAUCCCGUGUGCACGGCGACCAAUCUCGUUCAGUUGUGCGGAACACAAAAUGAUGAUGGAGAUACGUGGCAGGGGGCAGCAAACUCCAGUUCCAUUGCGGAGUGCCACCCUCAAGCAUGCCCGCCCCCUUACGAAUAUUCAGUGCUUUCGCCCGUGCCUUGUUUCUGCACAGCACCACUGCUUGUUGGCUACCGCUUGAAAAGUCCCGGAUUCUCCUAUUUCCCUCCGUACAAGGGUAUCUUUGAGGAGUACCUGAGCUCCGGUCUCAGCUUGUACCCUUAUCAGCUGCAAGUCCUGUCCUCCAUGUGGCAGAAAGGACCUCGACUAGCUAUGUACGUGAAGCUUUUCCCCGUGUACAACAACGACUCACGUAUCUUCAAUGAGAGUGAGAUCCAUCGUAUCAGGACCAUGUUCACAGGUUGGAAUAUCGGGGACAGUGAUUUGUUUGGGCCUUACGAGCUUCUCAACUUCACUCUGCGGGGCCCCUAUGAACAAGAGAACAAUGCUCGUCAAUCAUCUGGCAUAAGCAAAGGUGCAAUAGCUGGAAUCGUGGUCGGGACUAUUGCUGGGGCAGUUAUUCUAUCUGCUUUGGUGUCACUCCUCAUCUUAAGGAUGCAUUUGAGAGAUCAUUAUGUACUCUCGAAGAGACGCAGAUCGUCAGCUUCAAUGUCCAUAAAGAUUGAAGGAGUGAGGGGGUUUACUUAUGAAGAAAUGGGCUUGGCUACGAACAACUUUGACAGCUCGACUCAAGUAGGCCAAGGAGGCUAUGGGAAGGUCUACAGAGGCGUCCUCGCUGACGGCACCAUUGUGGCCAUAAAACGUGCUCAGGAGGGAUCAUUACAGGGAGACAAGGAGUUCUUGACAGAAAUACAGCUGCUAUCAAGGGUACAUCAUCGGAACCUUGUUUCUCUCAUUGGAUACUGCGACGAAGAAGACGAACAGUUGCUGGUGUACGAGUUCAUGCCCAACGGAACGUUAAGGGACCAUCUUUCCGUUCGGUCUAAAGAACCUCUUAGUUUCGCGAUGAGAUUGAGCAUCGCCCUCGGCUCAGCCAAGGGAAUCUUGUAUCUACAUACAGAAGCUAACCCUCCAAUUUUCCACCGUGAUAUCAAGGCCAGCAACAUAUUACUAGAUUCCAAGUUCACAGCAAAAGUGGCUGAUUUCGGGCUUUCUCGACUUGCCCCUGUUCCUGAUAUUGAGGGGGCUCUGCCUGAUCAUGUAUCCACAGUCGUCAAGGGGACUCCGGGCUACCUUGAUCCGGAGUACUUCUUAACGCAUAAAUUGACGGACAAGAGUGAUGUUUACAGUCUCGGUGUUGUAUUUCUGGAGCUCCUGACAGGGAUGCAACCCAUUUCACAUGGCAAAAACAUAGUCCGCGAGGUCAAUCUUGCGAAUCAAUCUGGAAUGAUCUUCUCAAUCAUCGAUGGGCGAAUGGGAUGCUAUCCUUCGGAAUGCGUGGAGAAGUUUCUGAAGCUGGCCCUCAAGUGCUGCCAAGAUGAGACUGAUUCCCGACCUUCAAUGGCGGAUGUAGUCCGUGAACUCGAAAAUAUAUGGCUUAUGACUCCAGAGUCCCUCUCCAACGCAAAGAACGCAGAGUCUCCAGCAAAGGGAGCAACACCAACAACCCCUCCUUCUUCAUCGUCAUUCUCUCUAACUAAGGAUCCUCAUGUUUCAUCCGAUGUCUCCGGCAGCGAUCUUCUCAGUGGAGUUGUUCCUUCCAUUACCCCUAGAUAAUAGGCAACGUACUUGUCUUUAGGACCUUUGCUAAGGUAAUAAAAUAAAAAAAUAAAAACAGUUUAUCGCAAUUAUGAUAGUUGAUUAUACCUAUGCCGCUGGAUUUCGAUUGAGGAAUCUCGUUUGUACAUGUGAGCUAUUUAUUUGUGUAAAAAUGAUAAUAUCCUACCUAUACUUUUAUUUAUUUUUACAUCUUUUCUUCUACAAA